AUGGCGGACCGCGAUCCUGACGAGGGAGAAUGGCACACCGUCAGCUAUAAACGCCGACGUAACAACAACAACAACAACAACCACUGGAAUAGAAACUACACAGCCCCGUCGACUGGAUGGUCUUCUUAUCGAGGUAACAACUACCAGCCCAACCGAGACCAACGGAGCUACGCUGCGGUGACGAAGUGGAGCCAGCAAAACGGAUCCGCUCAGACCACACAGUGGAACCGAAGAGGGGGCUAUUCCAACUACCGCCAACCUUUCUACGGUAACCAAAACAAUCACCGCCAGAAUAACUACACCUACAACAGAGGGGGAGGCCAGCAGCAGCGCUACAAAACCCCGCUUCACGGCACAGCGAACUAUGACAUUGCAGCUUCCUGGUGCAGGAGCCAAUUUCGCCGAAGGCUCAGACAGGAGACGCUAGAUCUAGUUUACAGCAAAAUCCUGGAUGCAUCUCCUGAAAACAACACACAAGACUCACCUGCUGUCACUGCGCAGACCCAGACACCACCAACUGCCACUGCACAGACACAGGCUGACAUAACAGCAGUGGACGCACAACCACAACCAUCACAACAGGAUCCUGAACAGAGACCCAGACGUGCCACCAGGACCCGAAACUCUGGGAUUUCAGACAUGGUGAUCGAGGAGGCACCGGAGGACGAGCAGCCAUCUGCAUCACCACACACCGGAAUACAGAGGGAAACUUCAACAACUGGACAGCCUGCCGGAACUACACAAGGGGACGGGCACUCUUCUACAACAUCAAACACCGAGACACAGGGUGAGACCGCAGAAACCAGACAAAUCACCAUCACUGCUGAGCUUCACGCCCCGCCUGUGGUCCAAACAUUGCUGGAUACACCAACUCCAUCAGAGAAGCCACAGCUAGUUUCUACUAGCACCAUGACUGAGGGAAGAGGAGAUUGGACCCCCGAACCACAACCUGAGGAAGAGACGUACCCAGGGAACAAAGGCCUACACGCAGAGUUUCCACCUGCAAACCUGCUCCUCCUCCUCCACUGAUUGACACAGAGAUCCUAGAUCCCCAGACGGCAGGAUCCUCGUCGGACCUGAUUUUAGUGGAGGCCCCUCAACCCGCGGAUCAGGAACUAGUCCCUGAAGGUAACACCGUGACAGCUUUUGCCGCACGAUUUAGACUGGGCCCCACACAUUCCACACGAGAACUGAUUCAGAGCCAACUCAAUUUUUCCUCACCCACAAUGGGGAGGCCCGAAGGCAGGCCCUUUAGACAUGAGAACACAGACAAGAAGUUUUCAAAUUGGGAGUUCGUGGCAAGGAAGAAAUUCGUAAUCCUAGGAGACUCAAAUGUGGCAAAAUUCCCUUCAUUCACACAGCCCGAGCUACAAAUAGAUAGCUUCCCAGGGGCCACGUUUAGGCAUUUAGAAGCCAUUCUGGACAAAACACCUGUAUCUCCAUCUGUUGAAAAAAUAGUCCUAUCCUUUGGCAUCAACAACAGGGCUCAAAAACCGGAGCAAACCUCAAUCCCACAGAUACAACGGGCUGUUAAAACGGCCCACUUUGCUUUCCCCAAUGCCCAAGUCUUCAUUCCCCUCAUCAACUUCAGCAGGGCACUCCCACCCUCAGAACAGGAGAAUCUGAGGCUGCUUAACACAUACAUUGCUGCUCACCAGAGAUGCUUUCCCCAAUUGUCCAGGAACAGCUUCACGACGGAAAAGGAUUCCAUUCACUGGACCAGUGCCACAGCCAGCCAGAUGCUGGAACAUUGGCUGGCCUGUUUAAAAGGUUAGGCCCCGCAAACACAGGUAAACAGACGGGGUCAAGCAAUGAAAAAAAUG